GCCAGUGUGUAACGCUAUAGGCUGGAGGGAGGCAGCUGUUGCCAUUAUUUUACCAGCCAGCUCAGAUACAUCAGCGGCUUCACCCUCUCUGGAACAAAAAAAAAAAAAAAGAUGAGUCUGUCGACACCAUCAUAAACACACGAAACUGAAAAUAGAUUUUAAAAAGUUAAAUCAAUGGUACAGAAAAGUAGUAUGUCCAGGACGCCUUCGACCUCAACCCAGGAGAUCCAAAUGGACAUGUUCGACCAUCAUCCACACACACAGGGAAAGUACGGCAAGAGGAAGAGCCGAUUUAAGCGCUCGGAUGGAAGCACCUCCUCUGACACCACCUCGAACAGCUUUGUCCGACAGGGCUCUGCAGACUCCUACACCAGCAGGCCGUCAGACUCAGACGUGUCCCUGGAGGAGGACCCUGAGGCACUGAGGAAGGAGGCAGACAGACAGGCCCUCGCCACACUCGAGAAAGCAAAGACCAAACCGGUGGCAUUUGCUGUGCGGACAAAUGUCGGUUACAACCCCGGCCCCAGUGAUGACGUUCCUGUGCAGGGCAUGGCCAUAUCCUUCGAAGCCAAAGACUUCUUGCACAUUAAAGAGAAAUACAACAACGACUGGUGGAUCGGACGUCUGGUGAAGGAGGGCUGUGAGGUGGGCUUCAUCCCCAGCCCGGUCAAACUGGAGAACACCCGUCUGCUGCAGGAGCAGAGGAUGAGACAGAACCGACUCAGCUCCAGUAAAUCAGGAGGAAGCUCCAGUCUGGACGUUGCCACGGGAACCCGCAGGCCCACCCCACCGGGCACAGCCCACGUGGACGUGUCCACUGUGGCCUUUGACGUUGACCCCCUCGACCUGGAUGCUGAGGAGCCCCCUGAGUCCCAGGGUGAUCCUCGCUCCCCCAAGGCCAUGUCAGGCAGCGUAACAUCCCCUCAGGCCAACGCACACCGACUGCCCUUCUUUAAGAAGAUGGAGCAUGUCCCCCCCUAUGAUGUGGUUCCCUCCAUGAGACCCAUCAUCCUAGUCGGGCCGUCACUAAAAGGAUACGAGGUGACAGACAUGAUGCAGAAAGCUCUCUUCGACUUUUUGAAACACAAGUUUGAGGGCAGGAUAUCCAUCACACGGGUGACAGCGGACAUCUCCCUCGCCAAACGUUCAGUCCUCAACAACCCCAGCAAACACACCAUCAUUGAGCGCUCCAGUACCCGCUCCAGCCUGGCGGAGGUGCAGAGUGAGAUUGAGCGUAUCUUUGAGCUGGCCCGCACCCUCCAGCUGGUUGCUCUGGAUGCAGACACCAUCAACCACCCCUCUCAGCUGGCUAAGACCUCCCUGGCUCCCAUCAUUGUCUAUAUCAAAAUAGCUUCACCCAAGGUCCUCCAGAGGCUCAUCAAGUCUAGGGGGAAGUCCCAGGCUAAACACCUAAAUGUGCAGAUGGUGGCAGCAGACAAGUUGGCCCAGUGUCCACCUGAAUUGUUUGACAUCAUCCUGGACGAGAACCAGCUGGAGGACGCCUGCGAGCACCUGGCCGACUACCUGGAGGCGUACUGGAAGGCGACACAUCCCCCGAGCAGCAACCCUCCGAACCCUCUGCUGAACCGUACCAUGGCCACGGCAGCCCUGGCCGCCUCCCCUGAGCCCGUCUCCAACCUGCAGGGGCCGUACCUGGUGCACGGUGAGCAGAAGCGGGAAGGGCCUCUGACAGAGUGCGGCGGGAGCGGCACCCUGCACGACUAUCAGACAGACCUGGGAGGAAAACCUCAGCAGCAGCAGCAGCAAACGUACCUGCGCUCCUCUCGUGGCCAGCUACGGGGAGGGAGCGGCCGGGGUCUGUCACGGCAAGACACCUUCGAUUCUGAGACGCAGGGCAGCCGGGACUCUGCCUACACCGAGGCCGGUGACUCCUGCAUGGACAUUGAGACUGACCCCUAUGAAGAGCCCGAGCCCUACCGAGGUGGCGGAGGCAGCCGCCUCCACCUGGCGCAGCAUCAUGGCAGACAGGCAUCCUGGGAAGAUGAAGGCGCUGAGCCGGACCAGGAAAACCUGAACCACCCUCCGAUGCCGAGCCAGACACAGCCACAUGGACGUGCCAAGCUGAGGGAGCGUUACUGCCAGGACCCUGUGGACACCGGGGCCAACAUGAGCCGCAACAAGAACCAGGACGACUGGGGGAGGGACGUCUACAUCCGCUGAACACGCAUCACACCACAGAGGCAAGGAAGCUACAGGACAGACUGAGAGAUGGGGGGAGGGAGGCUGGGAGGGUUCAGGUUUUAGGUUCAGUCGGAACUGAAGUGUGUGUUUGGGGCCACGCCAGUCGGGCUAACAAAUUAAUCUGUUUACAUCCCAGUACAAUGUAAAGAAAAACAUCAACUGCCAGAUGCCAUCUCCAUCAACUUCUUCUUGCAGUUCAAUUUAUUUACGUUUAGAAAAAAUAUUGGUCUGUUCUUUUGUUUCCUUUGUUAAUACUGCAUGAUUAUCAUGGAUUUCUAUACUGACAGCACGAGGACAGUAAUUGUUACGAUUGUGAAUCUCUGAUUGUGAUCUGUACGACUCAAUCUCACCUUCAGUUGUAGUGUGAAGGCCGGUAGAGCUGUAGUCCGUCAUGUCUGUCCUCUGCAGUCUUAAACAGGGUCUAAUGUCACCGUCCCCAUGUACAGUGUCAGGGUUUCUCUUUACCUUAAUUUCACUCAGCGCUUUUGGAUUUCAGGGUUCGACUGUAAUCCAGAAGUUAAGAGUCUCUCACCUCCACGUUCUUAUCACCCAGACCUUAAAAAAAAAAAGCUGGUGGAGAAGUUGCCAUAUUUUAACACAACAAUUUAUCGAUGUUGCUACGUUCAUGUCAGCUUGAUAACAACAAAGAGUACACUCCAAAGACGUUUACUUCUUCCCUGACCUGGUUCAGCCACUGUACCCGACUGUACACGUCUGACCUAGUCCUCCUGUUUUCCCUCGUGGGCGCUGCGGGGCGCCGACAGUAUUCAUUUGUUCUCUGGUUUUUCUAACGUGGUGCAGAUUCAAAGAAGCACUGCAGUUGUGUGAAUGAAGUGUCCUGCCUUAGUCACUCGCACCCUAAAACACCCUUAUUUCAAGAAAACUCCAAUCACAAGUGCCGGAAUGUCUCGCCAAGCCAUGUCCACCACUGCCACGGUGGGAUGUCUUAACUCUUGUUAACACUCGUUUUCAUACCAUAUCUGUGUCUCUUUGUGUGUCUUCGUGGCUACUCUGCACUGUAGCCCAUGCUGUCUCUCCUGCACAUGUCGUUUUUUUCUUUGCACCAGCUUUGUCGUCUGUUUUUCAGGGCUAAUGGUUAUAUAAAAAAAAAAAAGUACUUGUGUGUGCGGUUAAUCACUCCCAACUUCCACCCAAACAGCUAGCUUGUCUGAUAUUAAAUACCAC